AUAUAGUAACACAAAUAUCUAUCAUACAUAUAGAAAUGGCCGAAGAAAAUAAGAAGGAUACCAAAAAUCAAGUAGAAGAAUUGUACGCAUGGAUUUCUAAGAUUCCACUUUCAAAAUCAGUAAAGAAUUUAUCUAGAGACCUUUCGGAUGCUGUAAUAAUAGCGGAAAUCCUUAAAAUGUAUUACCCCCGCUAUGUUGACCUCCAUAAUUACGUACCAGCCAACAGUUUAACUACGAAGACAGAAAAUUGGAAAGUGUUAAAUCGAAAAGUAUUAAAUAAAAUUGAUAUGAAAUUAACUAAAAAUGUUAUUAAUCAGUUAGCAAACUGUCAUCCUGGAGCUGCUGAAAAUAUGUUAUUAGAAAUAAGAAAGAAAAUUAUAAAAGAUGGAAUUGAGCCCCGGAAUCUUCAGGACCUACAACAAAAUGAUUCUAUCGAAGAAGGCAAUAAUAUAAAAGUUACGGCAAAGUUAUCAAAGAAAUCAAUGACAAGUCCUACUGGUCACCCAAUUUUGAAGGCUUUUGAUUGUAAGAAAUCAAUAUUUACACGCGCCAGAGAAAUGUUCUACUUUAUAUUGGAAUGGCUCAUAAGUUGGCUAUACACCUGGAAUUACUUUCAAAAUAUAAAGUUUCAAUUAGAGAAUCAAAAUUCGCUGAAAGAAGAUGCCGAGGCGUCUAGAACACAAAGAACAUCGGAGAAUAUCAACGAAGAAGACGCUGUUCCUCGUCACGUAUACGCGCAAUUAAGACGAAAAAUCCGGAAGAUUGACGAUAUUAUCUGCACCCUAAAUCACAAGCUUGCGUACCUUGAGAACACGAUAAAGCUGAAAGACCUGCGAAUAUCCAACCUAACGUCGGAGAUCAUAGACAACACUGUGGAAUCCAAGCAGUUUGCAAAAAACCAAAUAAACGAUGCACAAACUUCGAUCGCAUAAUAUUCAGAAAAAAGUAAAAAUAGAGAAAC